CAAACGCCAAAGCAGCACAGCCAGCCCAGCCGAGCCCGAACAGCAAACGAGACAUGCCCUUCACUCGUCCCGACCCUGUCCCGCCCCCAUCCGCCAAUACCUUGCUACACAGCCAAGAACGCGCACCGCACGAGAGCGAGAGCCAGAGAGCAGCUUCCGUACCUUGCGGCAAACUGGACCUGGAUCUGACCUUAGCAUAUGCUCACCAGCCCCAGCAGCUUGAGAAUCCCACUGUGGAAUCCCAGAUUAAAUCAUGCCCCGAUCCUCCUCCCCAUCCGACUCUACAUCAUCCUCACUUGUGCAUGUGCUGCCUCCCGACCCCAGUCUAUCUGCCUCUGCCUCUGCUGUUCCCAGUGCCAUAUCAUCCUCCCCCGAUCCCAUUGAACACGACGACACCCUCUCCUCCUCCUCACACGACCACGCUACUGCUACUACCAACCGACGCCUCCUGAGCCCGUCACCUCUGCUGCUCCCUCCACCUACCGCCCCGUCUCCUGCUGGGCACGCGACCACGCCGACUCAGUCCUCGAAACCGGAUGACACCCGGCCACAAGACGUUGCUGCCUCUACCGCCGAUCUCGCCCACGCAUCUUUGCGCCUGGGCUCCUCCUCCACCUUCAUAAACAGCAUCAACAAAGAAAGUCCUUUCCACGAGCCCGACACCGACGUCAACCAAGAAUUUGAGAUGGAGCCCUUGAAAGAGGCUGGCCACCGCCGGCGCCGCAGUUCCCUAAUGCAAAACGCCAGCUCAAGCAACCACCAGAGGGUCCCGUCCAGGACUCAGGGAAACCUGCUCGAAGAACCAAAGAUAUCGGAAGAGAACCUCGGGGCGACGCCAUCGGCCUCCAAAGACGGGGAAGCCGACAGCUUUUCCGACGAGGAUCUCCACGACGACGAGGAGACAGGUCUGACGAAGAAGGACAAGAACAGGAAGAAGAAGAAGAGGAGGAACAAUACCCGCUUGGACCAGAGAAUCGUUCGCGGAGAGAUCUCGGCUGAGGAGAAGAAGGAAGCGGACCAAAACGUCUUCAGGAGAUCGGUGGUGAACGUCGCUUUGAUCUUGCUAUGGUAUUUGUUUUCACUCAGCAUCUCGUUGUACAACAAAUGGAUGUUUGACGAAGACCGCCUCAACUUUGCCUUCCCUCUGUUUACGACCGCUUGCCACAUGCUGGUGCAGUUCGUCCUCGCAUCCUUGGUAUUGUUUCUAGUUCCGUCGCUACGCCCGUCGAAUGGCCACCGCCACUCAGAUCUGGGCCGCUCAAGGCACGAGUCCGAGCCGGACCGGCCGUUGAUGACCAAAAUGUUCUAUCUGACGCGCAUUGGACCCUGCGGUGCUGCGACGGGUCUCGAUAUUGGACUUGGAAAUACUUCACUCAAGUUCAUCACCCUCACAUUUUACACUAUGUGCAAAUCAUCCUCCCUAGCGUUUGUUUUGAUCUUUGCCUUUUUGUUCAGACUCGAAAAGCCCACGUGGCGGCUUGUGGCCAUCAUUGCGACAAUGACUCUCGGUGUUGUCCUCAUGGUAUCGGGAGAAGUUGAGUUUAAAGUGAGCGGUUUCAUCCUUGUUAUCUCUGCCGCCUUCUUCUCCGGAUUCCGCUGGGGCUUGACUCAAAUCCUCUUGCUCCGCAACCCGGCGACCUCGAACCCGUUCUCGAGCAUUUUUUUCCUCGCGCCAGUCAUGUUCUUGACGUUGAUUGUCAUCGCCAUUCCUGUGGAGGGCUUUCCCGCCCUCAUUGAAGGUCUGAAGGUCCUCGUGGCCGAGUGGGGUGUUAUCACGACCCCUUUGUUCCUCCUGUUCCCCGGCUGCAUCGCCUUUCUCAUGACCGCCUCGGAGUUCGCUCUGCUGCAGCGUACCUCGGUCGUCACCCUCUCUAUUGCCGGGAUCUUCAAGGAGGUUGUCACCAUCUCCGCUGCCGCUAUCGUCUUCAACGACCGUCUGACGCCCAUCAAUUUUGUCGGUCUCGUCACUACUAUGGGCGCCAUCGUCGCGUAUAACUUCAUCAAGAUCACCCAGAUGCGUGAGGACGCUCAGAGAGAAGUUCACCGCGGUCACAUGGAAGUUGCCUCCGGUACGUCCACGAGUGGCAGCGACAACGACGACGGCGGCGAGGAGACUGGUCUUCUGCGGAACAGCACUGACUACGAAGACAAUCUCAUCACUGCGGACGGUGAUAUCUUGCCCAACCCGCAACACACAGCGCAAGAGUCGCGGACGGCUCAGGCUCACCGUGACAAUUAGACAUUCACAUUGGGCGUUUUAUUCUUCUUUGUUGUAUAUUCAGGCUGGGUUACCCGACAAGUUGUACAUUUGUUUCUCUUUGUGAUGGGUAGAACGUAUCUUGCCAACUGGCAGACAGGGCGAUAUGUAAGGAGUUCGGCGGACUGUACUCUACCCAAGAAGGGCAUUCGAGUCCUCCGGGAGGGAGAUUGGUAAAACGGACAUACACUUGGUAGGUUUCCUUAUGGACAGAAACCUAGAUAUUCGUAUUCGAAAAGGGGGAGCUACAUGGCGAGGUGGAUAUACCAUUGGCGAGAGAAUCGAAGGUAAGACGGAAUUCAGGCCGCUGGAAUACGAGAUACCAACUUAGUGUAAUGCCUAGAGCUGUAAGAUGCACAAGAAAUGGCAAAUUUGUCCCACC